AAGCCACACCAGUGAUGUUUUUACCGCUCAUUUCACAGCACUAAACAGGUUUAUUCUUUAUUGAAAGACAAACCUGUUCUUCCAUGAAGACGUGUUAAUCACCGGAAACAAAACAGAGACAGACAUGCAGUCAGAGAAAGAGGAUGAGGAGGAUGCAUCUCCUGAAGAGUACUUGGCUCUGUGUAGUUUUACUGGAAGCGACAGUGAUCAGUUGACUUUCAGCAGCGGGGACAGGCUGCUUGUACAUGUGAAGACCUCCUCAGACUGGUGGUGGGCAGAGCUGCAAGGGGACAAAGGUUACGCCCCUGCCUGCUACCUGCGGCAGGGUGCAACUGAGGAGGUGGAGGACGCUUCCCUGGAGGAUCCGUGGCAGGACGAGGAAUACUUCGGCAGUUAUGGGACACUGAGGCUUCACUUGGAGAUGCUGUCAGACAAGAGCCGCACUAAGGCGUACCAGCAGGUUGUUCUCAGCAACAGUGCUUCUCUGAGAAGUAAGGUGGUGAUGGACCUCGGCUGUGGGACUGGCAUCAUAAGCCUGUUCUGCGCUCAGCUGGCACAGCCUUCAGUGGUGUAUGCUGUAGAGGCGAGCUCCAUGGCCGAGUACACCAGACAGCUGGUGAAGCAGAAUGGAUGUGAGGAGGUCGUCACAGUGCUGCAGGGGCGAGCUGAGGAGAUCGAGCUGCCUGAGCAGGUGGACAUCCUGGUGUCUGAGUGGAUGGGCAACUGCCUGCUGUUUGAGUUCAUGGUGGAGUCAGUCCUGCUGGCCAGGGACCGCUGGCUGAGGGAAGGUGGUGUUAUGUGGCCUUCCUCCGCAGCCCUCACCCUGGUACCGUGUCAGGCCAACAGCUAUUUCGCAGAGAAUAUGGCCUUCUGGGAGCGGCCCUAUGGCCUUGACUUCACCCCCCUUCAGCCUUUGGCACAGCAGGAGUUCUUCACCAAGCCCAAGUUCAGCCAUCUCAUUGAGCCCGACGACUGCCUCUCUACCCCCUGUGACGUCAUCUUCCUGGACAUGUACACUUUGAAAGUCAAAGAUCUGGAGGAAAUCGAGGGUCAGUUUCAGUUUUGCGUGAAGAAGUCUGGUUUUUUCCAUGGAUUCACCGCAUGGUUCACUGUUUACUUUGAGAGUCUGGAGGCAGAAGGUGCAGCAGUGGAGUUGAACACCGGACCUGACUCUGAGCCAACACAUUGGAAGCAGACUUUGUUCAUGCUCGACAGGCCGGUCAGUGUGAAUGCUGGAGACUCCAUCAGCGGAAGUGUUCUUCUGCGCAGGAACCCUAUUUGGAGGCGCCACAUGACCGUUACCCUGCACUGGAAGAUCAACGGCAACACACAAGAAACAGACAAUUGCCAGGUCGGAACGAAGAGUUUCCCCAUGUGGAGGUGACAACUUAUCACCAUCUCUGCCAGCAGUGGAUUUCCACAGAAAACAUCUCUUGAGUUUAGGGUCAGUAAAGUAUAACUUGUAAACUG